GACAAUGACCACUAGCUAAAAGUGGAGGUCGGAGUAUUAUUUAUUUUUUUUUUUAUUUACAAUUGUUCUGGUGUAUACACCUCUAGUGUCAUUAACUCUUGAUAAAUACUAACUGGUAUUUUUCAACUAUUAUUAUUUACACAUACUUGUAAAUAUUAAAUAAAUAUUUUUAUAAACAAAAAUAUAUAUUAUUUACCAAACAACAAAUAAACAAAAUAAUUAUUUUUUAACAUGACAACACCAAAUUGUCAUUGUUAUAUUUUUUAAAUAAUUAUACUGUUAUAUAUUUUUAAAAUUUAAUAAUAAUAGCUCAAAAAAAAAAAAAAUACAUGAAGAAGAUGAUGAUAAAAAAAAAAAAAUUACAUUUAAUUUUUAAGUUUUAACACAUGCGGUUUGGUGAUAGAAAAAAAAUAUAAUAAUAAAAUUAGAAAUGGCGCUGCUCAUGCGAGCGACCGCCAAAAAAUAUCAAAUAAUAACAAAUAUUUAUUUAAAAUUAACAAGUAAUGAACAUAAUUAUGUAUAUUUAUCAACAGUGUUUAAACAAUCAUCAAUUUAUUUAUCUUGUCAUGGUAUGCAUACAAGAAAUUCUCAUACAAAAAUAACUGAUGACAACCAAACCUCAAAAUUGCUAAACACAACAUUUGGUAAUAUUAAAGCUGAAAAUCAAUCACUGGCAAGUACAUUUGAUAAUUUUUUAAACAAUAGAAGAAAAGAAGCAACAAAAACAAUUAUUGUUGAAGUACAAUCAUCUGAUUCUUGUAAUGAUUUGUACAGUUAUUGCUCUAGUUAUGGACCAAUUCAUCUCAUGCACCACUACACUGUUGAUAAAAAUCAUUUCUUUUUGGUUGAAUUUAAAAAUAUUGAGAGUAGAAAAGCCCUCAUGACAGCAGCUACUCAUAUUCAUCAUCAAGAUAUAAUACCAGUUCAAUCACAAAUGUUUUCAUUUAGAAAUAUAGCUGGACAAAAAAAGACUAAAAAAAUACAAUUGAGUUCAAGUGAUUUAGCUAAUAUUCAUGUGCCAACAAUUAACAAACCAACUGUUGAAAAAAUGUCAUCAGCAUUGAUGAAUCAUACAAAUGAUAUAACAAAACAAAUGGAAAUUUUAUAUGACAUGUGGAAACUUGAUGAUAUUGGUACGAGAUUAAGAUUUUUUACAGCUCAUCAAAUGGAAAAUAGUUUUACAAGUUUAUUUCCAAAUAAUAUUGUAUUACCAUUUGGUUCAUCAGUAAAUGGUUUUGGAAAAAAAGGUUGUGAUUUAGAUUUAGUUAUGAAUUUAGAUAACAAUAUAAUGGAAAAACAAGGAAGUAGACUUGUAUUUCGUACAAAAUCAAUUGUGUCUGAUCAACGUUCACAAACUAAAAAAACAAUGGAAUUAUUGUCAUUUAUAAUGCAAACAUUUAUACCUGGUAUUAGUAAUGUUAUAAGAAUACUUAAAGCACGUGUACCAAUUAUUAAAUAUGAUCAUUUGCUAACUGGUUUAGAGUGUGAUUUUAGUAUGACAAAUAUGACUGCUGUUUAUAUGUCAGAGUUAUUAUAUAUUUAUGGUGAAUCAUGUGAAUUUGUUAGACCACUUGUAUUUACAAUUAGACAAUGGGCUUCAUCAGUUAAUAUAACUGGUGUUGGUACACCUGGUACAACAAUAAGUAAUUUUCAAAUAACAUUAUUAGUAUUAUUUUAUUUACAACAAAAAAAAAUACUUCCAUCAAUUAAUGUACUUAAAAGUCUUUCACGUCCAGAAGAUGUUAGAAUAUCUGAAACUUGUGACUGUACAUUUCUUAGAAAUGUAAGUUUAUUUCCAAUAAUGAAAAAUAAAAAUAAUGAAACACUUGAAUCAUUAUUAACUGAUUUUUUUGUUUAUUAUUCAACAUUUGAUUUUUCAACAAAAGCAAUAUCAUUGAGAGAUGGUAUAUCAUUAUAUAAACCAAAUACUGAUAAUUUAUAUAUUUGCAAUCCACUUGAAAAAGCAUUAAAUGUCAGUAAAAAUGUACAUGCUACUGAGGUUGUUAGAUUUAUUGAAGCUGUUAGAAAUGCUGCUGAAUUAAUAAAUGAAGGAAAUGAAAAAGAUUCACGUGGUUUAUUGGAUAUAUUUGCUGAAAAACAACCACGUAAAAAAAUUACAUUUUUUAAUAAAAGUUUUAAACGUGUUAAUGUUGCUGAUUUGUUUGAUGAUAAAAUCAAUGAUGAACAUAAAAAUAAUAUGACAAAUGAAGAUAUUAAAAAAGAACGAAUUAGAAAAAGUUUCACGCUAAAAUUUUAAAACAUAACGAGAAAUUAAAUAACUUCAAGAAAAUAUAUUAAAUGAUUUUAGUUUUUUUUUAUUUUUUUUUUUUUUAUCUUCUUCUUCUCAUUUGAUGAAGCCUGUUUUUGACAAUUGAGUAUACAUUUAUGAUCUUUAACAUUUAUUUCAAUAUUUAAAUGAUUCUCUUCAUUUUGUUUUGUAUAUAUAUAUUUGUUUUUUUUAUAUAUUAAAUAUUCAUUAAUCAAUCA